AUGAAUGACAAUGGUUGCAUACACUUGAAUAAUUUUAAAGCAGCAAAGGGUACAAACCCUUAUAAAAUCGUACAUGCAUUUUUUGUGUCAUGCACUUCGUUCGAAGCAAGGAGAUACAAGGCAACAUCAUGCCUUUGCUUUACCUGCGGUCAACCUGGACCCCGUAUGCAUUCCUGCCUACAUUGCAUCUACUUUGCUUGCUACGGUGGCCAUAUUCAGGAACAUUCUAAAUCUAAGAAACAUUUCCUGUAUGUUGACCUUAGCUAUGGAAAUAUAUUUUGCGGGCAGUGCCAGGACUACAUAUAUGACCGGGAAUUAACUGAAAUUGCCAUGGCUCACAAACUAAAACAAGCCAAAUCUUUAGGUAUUAGCAUGCCAUUUAUGCCAUGGCUGCCAAACAGCAACGAAGCUAUGGCUUUACGGCGUCUUCGCAAGCGCCGCCUCAUCAGCGUUCAUACAACCAUAGGGUUGCGCGGUCUGCAGAACCUUGGCUCUACUUGUUUCAUGAAUUGCAUUGUUCAGACUCUAAUUCACACCCCGUUACUACGCGACUAUUUCCUGGGUGAGAAGCAUAAAUGUAAAGCCCAGGGAUCAAGUAAAUGCCUGGUUUGCGAAGUUUCCAAACUGUUUCAGGAGUUCUAUUCCGGUGCAAAAACACCUUUAACUCUGCAUCGUCUCUUACAUUUGAUAUGGACACAUGCGCGCCAUUUGGCCGGAUACGAGCAGCAGGAUGCUCAUGAAUUUUUCAUCGCAACCCUUGACGUACUCCAUAGGCACUGCAUGAAUGGCGUUGAAGGAAAUGUUGAAAAACCCGAAAACGGCCGCUGCAACUGCAUCAUUGACCAAAUAUUCACUGGCGGCCUCCAAAGUGAUGUGGUUUGCACCUCAUGUUCAGGAGUAUCCACUACAAUCGAUCCCUUCUGGGACAUUAGUCUCGACGUGGCCGGACCUGGCUCGCUUCAAGCUUGCUUGGAGCGCUUUACACGGGCGGAACAUCUUGGCUCAGCAGCAAAAAUAAAGUGCUCAAAUUGCCGAGCCUACCGUGAAUCUACCAAGCAAUUGACCUUAGAAACUCUUCCAAUUGUUGCCAGCUUUCACUUGAAGCGCUUUGAACAUUCAUCACAAAUUGACAGGAAAAUAUCCGCAUUUGUGUCUUUUCCCGCUGAAUUGGACAUGACACCAUUUAUGUCGUCACAUCGCCGUGCUGUGGAUGUAGGAGUUGAUAACAAUAAUGCCCCGGAAGGGUUAUUCGAAGACAACCGUUAUUCGCUGUUUGCUGUCGUAAACCAUCUUGGAUCCUUAGACGCUGGCCACUACACAGCUUAUGUGCGACAGAUGAAAGGAAACUGGUUUAAAUGUGAUGACCACAUGAUUACACGCGCCUCGCUGCGUGAAGUUUUAGAUAGUGAAGGGUAUUUGCUCUUCUACCACAAGACUGUCCUGGAAUAUGAUUGCGAAGUCUCUUAA